CAGUGUUAUUAUUCUAUUUAUUUAUUUAUUGUGCGAGAUCACUUCGGUGUGUUACUGUUGAAUUAAAAAAAGAAAAAUUUCCACUUUAAGAUAGUUUUUGUUACAAUUUGUAACUGCGUUCAAUACAUUAAACUUUGUUAACAUGAUAUUUAAAUUUAAUACAAAAAACAAGUACGAGUAAGGAAUUCCAUCAGAUCCUAUAAUAUGGAAGUUUGGAAGCCGGACGCCGAUCCAGACGCAAUUGUUGACCAAUUGAUACAAAAAUAUGAUACGACUUCUAUGCCGGUACCAGAUUUAGAAACCGACCCUCAUCUUCUUAUCUCAAAGGUCCGAAAACACUACAUGGAAUAUCUGAUUAAAUUAUUGUCUAUUAACUAUGAAAAUAACCAGAAAUUGCUAAAUAAAAAUAUAUAUUUGCCCAGUGCUAUAUGGAGAUGUGCCAAAAAUAUUGAAACAUCUGCUGUUCAGGCUUGUAUGGUAGUGCAGCUCUACAGGAAGAAUAUCCAGAAUGUGAUAAAUGAAUUAAAGAAUGACACCAAAAAGGGGAAACUGAACAAGAAAUUAUAUGAUUGUCUACACAGACCACCAGAAAAUGAGAAAAAACUCCAAACAGACUUUAAAACUUCAGAAAACUGUAACUGCCAAUGCAAGUGUAAUGACAGAAAGAAACGCCGCAGGGUCUCAAAUAAACAAAAUGUGACUAGCAGCAUUUCAAUUGAUAAAUCAUUUCAUAUGAAUGAUGUUGAUUCACUUUGUAUUCAGAGUAUUCCUUCCAAUGAUAAUACACUUACUAGCUAUGUGCUGCCACCAACAUCUACAGCUUCUGAUAUUUUAACACAAACUGUUUCCAAUCAAGGUUCAUUGAGCUAUAUAAGCCCACCGAAGGCUAUGGAAAUACCAUAUUCAGAUGAAUUAGCAGAGCAGUUGGAAAAGCUAUUUCACAGUGAUCCCAAUGAUGAUGAUUUAUUUGAAGGUACACUCUGUUCCAAUGACUUUCUUUACAAUGAUAAUGCUAAAAAAGUUCCAGUUGAUCAUAUGGCAUGUCCUACUAUUCCUCAGACCCAAGUGACAAAUAGCAAUGUAAUAGAAGCUCACGAAGCUAAAAUAAAAUCCUUAGAUGAAAGAGUGGCUUCAUUGGCUGGCUUGUUAGCCAACUCUACUGAUAAUCCGGCGCCUCUGCAAACAUUCGAUGAUCAAGCAAGAACAGACAAUCAAAAAUCCAGGAAUCAGAAUCCUGGCAAAUGGUUGUGUGAAGAGUAUUUUCUGAAAGUCCGUUUGUAUGAAUUGUUGGAUUUAAUAAGGGAAACUAACAGGAUGGGCCAUAUGCGGAUUAAAGAUUUAUUCCGAGACCUAUUUGGUGAUGACAGUGACGAUGAAGGGGUAGUUUCUCCACUGGAUGAGACACCGGAAUUUGUUGUUAGUUGCAAAGAGCGCAUAGCCCCAUGGGUCGUUAAGCUGUUAACCCCAUACUAUACUAAAGGACGCAUUCGGGGCAAAGCUCUCUUCAAAGCUCUAGCAAAGCAUUUAAUAAAAUUGAUAUAUCAGUGCAGUCGGUAUCCUGAUGAAUAUGAAGUAAGCAGCUUUGUUACAGACUUCCUGAAUAAUCACAAGAUGAUAAGGUGUGAAGCGGAUUUCAAACAAUUCAGGAUUGAGAAUUUGUGAAAUUAAGUCUAAAAGUACACAGUAACUGAAAGUUGUA